AUGGCGGACGCUUCCAUGACAGAGCUCAUGAAUCAGAUGCAGAUCAAUCUGAAUGCCAGCAUCUCACAGCAGAUCCAGGCCAUGCAGACCUCCAUUCAGGCUAGCUUCACCGAGCAGUUCGGGGUGCUCUCCAACUCUGUCAACCUGAGGCUCGACGACCAGAAUGCUGCCAUAGCGAUCCAGACGGCACAUCUAAAGUCUGUUCAGGAGACGGUGAACAAGCACUCGGCCGCGAUCGCCAUCCUGCAGGCUCAGUCUAGGGCAUCCAGCUCGACGGGUCCGCUCAACUCUCGGUCGUACUCAUUCGACAAGUGCCGUAGAUGGAUUGGAUCGUUCCCCAGACCUCUGCUCGCCAGCAAACGACAAGCGCACUUUGAGCAGGUCAAGAGCCAGAUCAUGACGGACAUCAUGGUCAACAACGUCACCCCUCAGUUCCAUCGGAUUAGUCAGUCGUAUAGUCUCACCUUCACCAGCGAGGCCCUGGCCAAAGAAUUCUCGGAGGUCUUCAAUAAUGCUAACGCCACAUGGCAAGACCCCAGGGAUGGUGGGAUCCACUUUCUCAAGUCGCGGACGGAUUUGCCGAAGGAUGUCAGAACCACACAGCGCGCCCUCAGCAGAUGCUGGGACCCGAUCAUUGAGCUCUUCGCCGAGAGCCCAAAGUACACGCCGCAGAGCAAGCCCAUCAUCAAUGGCUACAAGGGCACCAUUCAUUGGACUGACGGGGAAGAUGUAUGGCCGCUGGUGACAUGCACGGAUGUGAAUCGCGCCGCCUUCACCUUCGACGUGGACCAACCUACGUGCGACCACUUCGUCAUCGACGUAGCCAAGCUGACCACGAUCAUGGCG